GAACUUGUCGACUUUGGGAAAGGAAGCCCCAAACACGCCGAGCGAACAAGAGAGAAUGAAGCGAUAGAAAGUCGCAGCUCAUGAUGCAAGCGAAUUUGCCCGGACGACCGCAGGCUCAACUCCAGGCCGUAUCGACAGGAGUCUUUGAAGGGCAGACGGUCAUUUCAUACAUCUCAGGCAGCGCCCUCAUCAUCUGCAAUAGCCCCGACUCGCUUCUUCAGACAAUCUACCAUGACGAACUCCCUCCAGCAUCCGGACUCGUCGCCGUCUCCUACGACCAUCGAAGCGCAAAGAUUGCGACUGCCUCGGCCGACAAUGUCUACGUCUAUGUCUUGCGCGAGGAGAUCAAGGGACAGUUGCGCUGGUUCCUGGACAUGACCUUUGAAGUCAAUCAAGAGAAGGAAAAGGACACAAAAGCGAGCUGUAUACGGAGUUUGUCAUGGGGAACCGACGAGGAGCUACUGGUAGCUUCGGACAAGGUCACGCUGCUGUCGACGCAGGACCAAACCAUUCGCUGGACUCGUUCAUUGCCGUCACCCGUGUCGCAUGCCACCUUCUCGCCGUCCGCCGCACUCCUUGCUACCACCUCACAAUACGACCGCCUCGUCAAGGUCUGGCGACGUCUCUCGUUCGAGUCUGCCAUCUUCGACUAUGCCUACCUUGCCCACCCAGACAUUGUCACCCACGUUGAAUGGAGGUCUGACUCGGCAGAAGAGGAUGUUCUUUACACAAUCUGUCUCGAUGGAAAGCUGCGCGUUUGGAAGACAGGCCUGCCGCGGCAGAUGGACGUGCUUGGAGUUUACGCAGACCUCGAUCUCAUGACGGCCGUCCGCCCUCUGGUUCCCUCGAACCGUCGCUACGCCUUCCUCAUCCCGUCCACCGUCUUCUCCGAAGCUGUUGAGCACGCCCUCAGCAGUCAAACUCUCCCCGCCGAGCGACAUGCUAUCGAGUACAUGAAAGAGCUUGCGAAAAGUCAUCCAGACAUUGUGGUUGUCACGGACGAUCAAGGGCACAUGAGCGCUUGGGGGCUGGAGAAUGUUGGAUGCAAGAAGAGGACAAGCAUAUAUGAACACGGCGACUUCUUCCACGCUACCCAUGUCGAGAAUCUUUUCUUCGACUUCUCCAAGAAAGCAGACAUUUCUGAAGACAACGCACGCAUCAUCAACUUCCCUCUGCCCGGACAGCCAGGAGACAUUGCCUUCUUGGUUCACCACUUUGACGGCCGCCUUCAAUGGUACCAGGGCAAGGUACACCAUGUUUUUGAUCCUUCACCAAGGAAGCAGCGCAUGCGAAACCUGGCUUCUUGGACUGGCCACUCCUCGUCAGUCAAGAAGCUCAUCCGUACCGCGAAUGGAUCGGCCGUCAUCUCUCGUACUGACACUAAUGAAGGAGUUGUUUGGAAGCAUCGUGGCAACUUCCUGGUCAGAAAGAGCAAGACAAAACUACAAGAACACAUCCAUCGCACUGCACUGCUGAGGGACGGCGACUUCAUUGCGCUUCUCCACCAUGAAAGCAUUUCUCUUUGGGACGCUCGCCUUGCCAACGCAAAAGAGAUUGGUCGGUGUACUUACUCGGUGUCGGGCAAACCACUCUGUCUCAUUCUCCUUCCUACCCCUGAAGAUGCUGGUCAUCUAUCCUACCUUGCCCUUGUCACUGCCGACAUGCACGGUAUUGUCUGGGAACUGAAUCUGGCAUCGUCUUCGCCUUCCAUGACUGAGUUCUGUACCUUCCAGCUCGGGCGCAUUGAGAACUUGUCAUAUUUCCUACCCGUCGACCCUGCAGGCAGCUCCCCUGUUGUUUCUGGUCUCUUCGACACUUUCGCUCAAGACGUUGCUGUUUCCUGGACCACGACUGGUAUUCUCCACACGUGGACAGCCAAGAUCGACCGCCAGAAGAAGUCUGUGACUUGGCUCAACAUUUCUACCACCGACACGGGCAUACAGAAUCCUUCCCUUGGGAGUGGUACCUCAAUCCGCAAAGCUGCUUUGGUCGAUAAGUCUCGCUCCACGCUGACUAUCUGGGAUACCAAGAGUGCGCGUCUUGACUAUGAGGAGACUUUCGAUAACCAAACGAUUCAAGACCUUGACUGGGCUUCAACACCAGACAACCAGUCCAUCCUUGCGGUCGGAUUUUCUCACACAGUCUUUGUGUAUACUCAGCUUCGCUAUGACUAUGUGAAUGAACGUCCUUCUUGGAGUCGCAUCAAAGAAGUCAACACUCGCCACCUAUCCCCUCAUCCUAUCGGAGACUCUGUCUGGCUUGAUUCUGGAAAUCUCGUGGUCGGUGCUGGCAAUCAGCUUUAUCUUGCUGGCAACCAGAUUGAUCCGCAAAAAGACCUGUCACCAGACCUGCAAAGCUCAACACCGCACAAAUCUUCGACCCGCAUUCAAGAUGUCGUUCGCAGACUCAAUGGUCCCUUGCCUGUCUUUCAUCCGCAGUUUAUCUCUCAAUGCAUCCUCGCUGGCAAGAUGGAUAUCGUCCACCGCAUUCUGCUCAAUUUGCAAAAGACACUCAAGUUCUAUACCGAAGGCGACGAGCUUGACUCUUUCCAAGGACUUGACGUUGACGACUUCAUGUCAUCCACCGAGAAAUUAUCAAACUCAAGCAAGCAAUUGCACAAAUCAUACAGCACUCUCGACAUGCAAGAGGAAUCCACAUCUGUCACCGAAGAGGUCGCCACGUCCAUUGUCUCGCUACUUUCCGAAAAGUCGAUACCGCAACUCUCAAGUACUGAACAACUCAGCCUUGCCGACAUUGUAGAAUGUGUUGGCAUGGCCGAAAAGCAUCGUCGCUCAAUUGAUGACAACGCUGCUCGCUAUCUACUAUUCUGGAGAGAGACAAUCAUGCGUUCUCGCCAGUCUUCUUCGCCUGCUGCGGUCACUUGGAGAGAAAUGCUAUGGGCCUACCACAGCAGCAGUCAGGAUAUACUUGUCGAUCUUAUCACACGCCAAAACAAAGGCCAGAUGUCAUGGUCCCAUGCCCGCGAUGCUGGUGUCUUUGUUUGGCUUACAGACCGAGAAGCAUUGCACCAGCAGUUUGAAGCUGUUGCCAGAAGCGCAUAUACCAGCACCGAAUUGCGCGAUCCAGUCAACUGUUCUCUUCAUUACCUCGCUCUACGUAAGAAGAAUGUCUUGCUUGGACUGUGGCGCAUGGCUACAUGGUCAAGAGAACAAGCUGCAACAACGCGUUUGCUGAAAAACGACUUUACCGAUCCCAGAUGGCGCACAGCUGCGAAUAAGAACGCAUAUGCGCUGAUGGGCAAAAGACGAUUCGAAUAUGCUGCAGCCUUCUUCCUUCUUGCCGACAAUCUUGACUCUGCUGUCUCAGUGCUCAGCAAUCAGCUUGGUGAUAUUCAACUGGCCAUUGCUGUCGCCCGUGUCUAUGGUGGAGAUGAUUCACUGGCACUCAAAAAGUUCCUGAACGAGAGGGUGUUGCUUACUGCUGCACAAGAAGGCAACCGCUGUCAAGCAUCUUGGGCAUACUGGAUGCUCGGUGAACGUUCUUUGGCCGUACGUGCUCUUGUCAGUCCUCUGCAUUCGUUACUCGUACCACCAGGCUCACCACCCGAUUCACUCCAAGCCAAGAGUUUCCGCAAUGACGAUCCCGCUCUUGUCAUUCUCUAUCAACAAUUACGAGAGAAGAGCUUGCAAACCUUGAGAGGUGCACUCAUGAUUACCGGCCAAGAAGAGUGGGAGUUCAUCACCAAGUCUGCGACGUUGCUCCUCCGCAUGGGCUGUGAUGUUCUGGCUCUUGAUCUGGUACGGCAUUGGGAAUUCCUGCAACCACCGCCAAUCACGAGACAGGUCGAAGAGGAGAGCGAAACGGAAGAAUCCGUCGCAGAUUUACCACGUCGCAAGCUUUCCAGAACGACUACCGAAGACUUUGAUCCCAGGAAGCUGUUGCGCAGAAGAAGCAGUCUUGUCGUUGCUGACCUACCAGAAGGAAGACCUGUGGUUCAUGAGAAUACUGCGCCUUCAAUGCUGGAUGGCUGGGGUAUGCCGUCGUCACCUGCGAAACAAUCAUCUUCAUUACUCGAUCAAUGGGCCGUGCCCACACCUCCGGCAAGCAAACCUGCCCAAUCAAUGCUCGAUCAGUGGUCCGUACCCGAAAGACCCAAGCAGACCACAAAUCCUGCACCUUCAAUGCUCGACAACUGGAUGCCACCGUCUCAACCAGUCUCAAAGCCUGCGCCUUCACUUCUUGAUGAUUGGACGGCUCAUCCUGCCAAGCCGAAAGUCGAAGAGCCAAAAGCUCCAGCGCCGUCUAUGUUGAAUCAGUGGUCCACACCUGCGUCUGCAGUACCGAAGCCGGUUUCAAAGCCAGGCUCAUCCAUGCUUGACGAAUGGACCACGCCUGUAUCGAAACCUGUCACUGAUAUUCCAAAAGCCGCUCCACCGUCCAUGCUUGAUCAAUGGACCGAGCUCGCACCUGCUCCCCCCAAGGCAGCGCCCUCAAUGCUCGAAGAAUGGAAGACACCAGUGGCAAAGCCACCGAAGCCUGAGACUGCAGCUCCUUCUUUCCUCGACAAUCCAACAAUGCCAACCUCUAUGCCCAACUCGGCUGAGGAUCAGAUUAAAGAGGAUGAGAAGUCAGACGGUAUCGGCGACGAUGACGACGAUGCGAAGAAAGAGCCCAAGAAUGGAGCUUCCGGAGAGAAAGAAGACGCGAAGAGCGAUGCAGUGGGGAAGAAAGCGGAGGAGGAACACAAGAUGCCAAAGGGCUUGAAGCAACCACCCCCAGAAGCCUUUAAAGAGCCGGAUCCUAAUUCUUUACUUGAUGCGUUUGGGUUUUGAUCAGUCAACAUAGCGAGGCGUUCUGAGGAGCAUUGUCUUUAUAUCUGUUUGUAUAACAUUGCGCUUUGUUCUUGCUGGCAAAUGUCAAUAUGACCUUCUCAUUUG